AUACCAGAAUCCAGUCAGACGCGAGAGGCGCGGCUCUGUGUCGGUUCAGUUUUGGACAGAGCUACAGAGGGGAUUCGACUCACUGUACUGAUUCGGUUUGUUUGCUCGGUGUGGAAUUAGCGCUUUAUUACACCGACUAAGGAGCUUUAUUUUUUUAUUUUUUCCCCUCAAAGUCUGCAGAGUGUGUAGAAGCUGAGUAUAUUCUAGGUAAUGGUUGUAAUUGUCGCACAAUGCCGCUGGUGACUGGAGGAAGCGGUGUGUUUGAGGCGGUACAGCGGGGAGACGAUGAACAGGUAGCGCUGCUGAUUGACCAGGACCCAAACCUCCUGCAGCUUAGAGGUUGGGGUGGAUUUACUGCUCUCCAUUUUGCGGCCCUUCACGGGAAUCGGCCAAUAGCUGAACUCCUCCUGAACAGAGGUGCAGACCCCAACAUACCCUGUAAUGUCGGGCAAACCCCCUUCCACUUUGCCUGCCGACAUGGUAACGUAAACAUCAUGCACACAAUGUUGCAGCAUGGGGCAGACCUGCGCAUUGUUGAUCAGCAGGGGAGAACAUCACUGCAUCAUGCAGUCAGUGGAGGAAGCAUUGUUGCCAUGCAGUACCUCUGGGAGACAAGCAUGUGAUUCUCAGAUGCUGACCACUUCUUAAUCACUCCACUACACAUGGCGGCGUCCACCGGGAAUGCAGAUGUGGUCCGGUAUCUGCUACGAGAAAACCGAUGUUCAGCAGAUGCAGUUGACCACCAGGGGGCGACAGCACUGCACGUGGCUGCUGAGAAAGGCGCUAUCGAAGUGUGCUGGUCACUUCUGCGCAGCACAGAGCUGCACAUUUUACACAUAAAAAACCACUCCGGCCUCACACCUUUAGACCUCUGCAGUCGCGGAACGACCUUUAGACAUCAGCAGCUCACCAAAAUGUUAGUGAGAUUUAUCAAUAAACCAAAGAAUCAGAAGCCCAGAGAAUCCUAUGUGAUGUACAACUGGACAUUUCUUUUGCCGAGUAUCAGCGGGGCAGUGGUGCUGCUCAUAGCGGCGAUUUUGGGAGACAAAGGAGGCGUGUUUUGUGUGCUGUUCUUUCCCCUGCUGGCAAAAGUCACCUUGUCUCAGUACCACAGAAUGAGUGACUAUCAGAGGUUACCCAAUCCUGUCUAUCUUGGAACUUUGACUGCAGGAAUAAUACAUACUGUAAUCUGCUUUUACUAUAGAAUUCUGCCUAAUAUUUGGCCAGCUUAUGCACUCUUAAAUGUUUCAGUUCUUCAUUUUUCUAUGGUUCUCUGGCUCUUCUGGAAGCUCCUAACACAGGAUCCCGGCCAGCUGCAUGCAGCUGAUGCAGAUCCUCGAUUCUCCAGCAUAGCAGACUUGGUGGAGUCUAAUCAGAGUCUUACACGGUUCUGUAUUAACUGUGAGCUGUUCCAAGUGGCCAACUGCAAACACUGUCAUCUGUGUGACCUUUGUGUGAUGGAUUACGAUCACCACUGCCUCUUCCUAAAUCGCUGCGUGGGCCAGAACAACCACCGUGUCUUCUUACUCUUCAUCCUGACCAUGAUAUUGGCACAGGUCUUCUUCAUUAUCACUGCUGGGUAUUAUCUUUACUGGAGGUCAGAGGUGGAGGAGAGCUGGAGCUCAGUAGCAACGAAAGAAGCUUGGGUGCUCUUGCUUCUUUUAAUCAAUGCACUCGCUGUCCUGUGGGAGACCUGGCUUUUCUCUGAGCAGUGUAAAUCCAUCUCCACUGGAACCACCACGUACUUCAGGCAAGGUCGGCAAAAGAAGACUUCUUUUAGCAAGCGUGUGGCCACAGUACUUUUGUUUCUGGUUGAAGGGAAGAAUUUUAGGAGCCAAAAUCAAAAUGCUGUUGACAUUUAGUUGUAAGGCAGUUUACUUUCUAUACAGACAGUUGCUUUACAGUAAGAUUUAUUACGUCAUUAAGAGUGAGGAAUACCUGCUGUUUCUUGAAGUUUUAUUGGUGUUUAAACUUUUUUAACGGGUCAAGCAUCACUUUGUGCUUCUUACAGAGGAGAUAUUUUACCUUCUCACUGUUCGAUCCACACAGUUUUAAUGUUGACAUUCAUUUUAUACUUUUUUUUUAAUGGACUGUUUAUUCAAAUAUCAUGCACUUUUCUUUUUAUAAUUGAAUGCAAUAUAUGGUAUUUGGUUUGCAUAGCCAGGUUUCAAGUGCUCUAAACAAAAUGAACAGUAUGGUUGUACAAAGUACUAUGGUAUUAUUGGGUAUACUGAGCUUAUACCUUCACUCAACUAUGCAGUAAAUCAGUGGGAUUGUUAUGGGAACAUUACUGGUCAGACUUUAUUUGCAUGGUGGCUCAUGCUCCACCCAGUACGAGAGUAACAUGCUCAUUGUGACUAUUAAACUGUGCACUAAGUGUAUAUUGGGGUGUAAUCCAGAGGCAUUAUAAGUAUCUGUUUUAUGCUACCAGUGUUUCCAAUGUGUAUCUGUUUUUAUAUUUAAGAUUUAUACCCAAUGUGCUCAUGGCCUUUUUUUUCCACAUCAAUUAAAAAAAAAAAGUGGUAGAAAUAUCAGCACUGUCAGCAGGUCGUAAAUAAAUGCUGUAAAAUGCAUAGCACAACAUGACAGUUAAAAACCUUA